AUGACCGACCAGCAGCCCGUAUCAUUAUUUUCAGAGAAGUUAUCGUGUAAAAAUGAAGAUAUAUUCAUCAAGUUGGUGCGAAAAAAAGAGGAAAAUGAAUGGAAACGUGAAGCUCAACGAAGUCAAGGGAUGGGCAUAGUGGUCGGUACGGAAUUCACCAUUCCAAAGAAAAAAGAAGGUGAAAAAGAAGAAAGAAGGCGAAGAAAAGAAGGCAUUUUUUACUGGAAAAAACAGAUGAAGCAAAUAAAAAACGCAAAAAAGCUACUGGGAAUCUUAUCAUUAGAAUUUCUAUUGUUCAUUUUAGGAGAUUACAAUGGCAAAAAAGCGGCAAUUCAACGGAAACUAACGCUACCUGUUUUACCAUUACCACCAUCAAUAGCUAAAGUUGAAAUGGAAGAAAGGAGAAUCAAGUGGAGUAUGACUGCUGCACAGAUAGUUCAAAACUGCGCAAAUAAUCAAAUUAAACUCGUUGCAGAAGCAAAUCUAACGAAUCUAACGAAAGCUUCGUACAGGAAAAUAAAUUUCGCCUAG